AUGCAGCAAAUCUUCACCAGAAAGCACUUGAUGCAUAAGCCAGUGACACAUUUGAGGAGAUUAAGAUGCGGUCGUUGGAGAAAACUUGUUUCUGCUACCAGGUUCACUAGUGCAGAGAGGAAGGGUGCCGUCCUGGCUACUACCAGAGCACUGCCGGCUGGGGAUUAUGUUGGAUCUCGUGCUCAAUUUUCAGUACCGCAGCUUAGAGCUGAGAGGAAAAGGAAAACAAGCUCCAAAUUGGAUGAGAACAACAUUACACAACGAGACUGGAACGUCUCGUUGCCAACAUUUUGGGGCACACGGUUGAUGCACCACAACUUUGAGCCCCACAAGGGAACAAUGCAUGCCAAACUUGGGCUUGGCCAACCACAGUUAGAAAGCAGGAAGCCAUCCAAACCUUAG